UCCCUUCUCGGCGGCACAAGUUUUUGGGUUUCUUUCUUCUCGGUAUCCGAACGCGGCAGCAACGAUGGGGAAGAAGAAGAGAGCUGAGGGAGGCGAGAAGUCCGAGCACUCUUCAUCAACUGUGUUCGUCAGUAACCUCCCGUAUUCUUUCACCAACUCUCAGCUCGAAGAAACAUUCAGUGAUGUAGGUCCAAUCAGGCGUUGUUUUAUGGUUACGCAAAAAGGAUCAACAGAACACCGUGGCAUUGCUUUUGUUCAGUUUGCUGUUACGGAUGAUGCCAACCGUGCUAUUGAGCUGAAGAAUGGUUCAUCUGUGGGAGGUCGUAAAAUUGGAGCUAAACAUGCCAUGCAUCGUGCUCCACUGGAGCAACGCCGGUCCAAAGCAAGUCAAGGCAUCAAUUCAGAUGAUAGACCAAAGACAACAAACCAGAAGGAUGGAUUUGUCUCUGGUUCAGGAGAACAAGUUGGUAGUCCAAACAAAAAUUCUGCCAAACCUGUUGAACGCAGAAAGCCGGCAAAAGUUUGCAUUGAUCUAGCUGAUAAAGAGACUUGCUCUGGAAAGCAGAGGGUUGCUAGGACUGUAGUAUUUGGUGGACUUCUUAAUGCUGAUGUUGCAGAAGAUGUUCAUCAUUGUGCUGGGGAAGUUGGUACUGUAUGUUCUGUUACAUAUCCUCUUCCAAAAGAAGAGCUCAAGCAACAUGGGCUUGCACAAGAUGGAUGCAAACUAGAUGCAUCAGCUGUGCUGUUUACAAGUGUUAAAGCAGCACGUGCUGCUGUUGCAACGUUACAUCAAAAGGAGAUAAAGGGAACUAUUGUUUGGGCACGCCAGCUGGGUGGAGAGGGCUCCAAGACUCAGAAGUGGAAACUUAUCAUUAGAAAUCUUCCUUUCAAGGCUAAAGCAAGUGAGAUAAAAGAGAUGUUUUCAUCAGCAGGAUUUGUCUGGGAUGUUUUUAUUCCACAUAAUUCUGAAACUGGAUUAUCUAAGGGUUUUGCAUUUAUCAAAUUCACGUGUAAGCAGGAUGCAGAAAGUGCAAUUCAAAAGUUCAAUGGCCAAAUGUUUGGGAAAAGGCCCAUAGCUGUUGAUUGGGCUGUUCCUAAGAAACUAUAUGGUGUUGGCUCUGGUGCUGUUGUUUCAGCAGAUGGACAGCAGAAUGAAAGCGACAGUGAAAGUGAUAGUAGCAGUGUUGAUUUGGAGGGUGAUAUGGGGAAUGUCCAUGCAAAUUCUGAACAACCACAUGGGGAAGAUGGUGCUCUAGAUGACUUGGACACAUUAGGUAAAGAUGGCGUUGCUGCUGAAGUUGAUUUUGAAGAGGAAGCAAACAUUGCGAGAAAAGUUCUUAAGAAUUUGAUGGCAUCCUCUUCUAAGGGUUCUGCCCCUUCCUGCAAUGAAGACUCAAUUCCUUCUGAGAAGAUCAAGGAGUCAAAUAAAGAUGAAACCAGUAACAUGCAAGAUAAGGUAUCUCCUGAGUCGAAUAAGGAUUUGGAUGCAACUAAAGCUGGAAACACCAAAAAAACAAAUCAGGCAAAUCUCAAAGAGACAGAAGGCGAUGAUGAGUUGCAGAGAACAAUUUUCAUAAGCAAUCUUCCAUUUGAUAUUACCAAUGAAGAAGUGAAAGAGCGGUUUUCUGGAUUUGGACAAGUGCAAUCCUUUGUUCCAGUUCUUCAUGCUGUCACCAAACGACCAAGGGGCACUGGUUUUCUCAAGUUUAAGACAAUUGAUGCAGCUGCCACUGCUGUCUCGGCUGCAAAUACUGCAUUGGCCACAGGAAUAGUUUUGAAAGGGAGGCAACUUACUGUUUUGAAAGCUUUGGAUAAGAAAUCUGCUCAUGAUAAGGAAUUGGAGAAGAUCAAGGUUGAGGAGCAUGACCAUCGCAAUCUCUAUCUUUCGAAGGAAGGUGUUAUUCUUGAGGGGACUCCAGCUGCUCAAGGCGUUUCUACAGAGGAUAUGGAGAAACGUAAGAUAUUACAGGAAAAGAAGAUGAACAAGCUAAAAUCUCCAAAUUUCCAUGUUUCGCGGACUAGACUUGUUAUAUACAAUUUGCCAAAAUCAAUGACUGAAAAGGAGUUGAAAAAGCUCUGCAUAGAUGCUGUUACUUCGCGAGCGACCAAGCAGAAACCUGUUGUUCAACAGAUAAAGUUCUUGAAAAGUCUCAAGAAGGGAAAGAUAGACACCAAGAACCACUCACGCGGAGUUGCCUUUGUUGAGUUCACGGAGCAUCAGCAUGCACUUGUUGCCCUGAGGGUUCUUAAUAAUAAUCCUGAAACUUUUGGACCUCUACAUCGUCCUAUUGUGGAGUUUGCUCUUGAUGAUGUUCGGAAAUUGAAGAUACGGAAAGCUAAGCUACAAGUUCAGCAGCAAGAUAGACAUGUUGAUUUAAAGGAUGUGGAGCAAAAUGAUGAAUCAUUUAUGGAGGAUGCCCCCCCAAACAAGAAGUCUAGAAAACAAAAAUCCAGAGAAGACAAAGGAGCAGCAAAAUGGUCUGAAGAGAAAGGAAAAAAACCUGGAGUUUCUGAUAAGGGUGCAGUAGAAGAACCCAAAUCUACGAAAAAGCAGAAGCAGAAACUGGAAACUGAGAAGAUGAGAGAGAGUUCUCCAAAGAGUAACUUAGGGAUGUGGAAGAACAAAGUAAUAGGAUCAAAACAGAGGUUAAAGAAUCCUCCAGAUGGAAGGAAACUGGAUGGUGUAGUUUGGGUCAAACAUGAAACAACAAAUGAUGCCCGCAAAUUGCAGCCAAAAUUUCCGACGGAUGUAAAGUUGCAACCAAGAAAGCGAAAACAGCAAGCGAAGGCAGAUGAACAGAAAGGAACGGGAAGCUGGGAAAGAAGAAAAAGGCCCAAAAAGAAUAAAGACCCAGUAGGGCAAGAUGUUGUGGAUAAGCUUGAUAUGCUGAUCGAGCAAUACAAAACCAAAUUCUCGCAGCAAAAUUUGAGCAAAUCUAAUGGCGAAAGGCAAGGCUCUGGUCAGCUUAGAAAAUGGUACCAAUCGUAAAUCUUGUAUUAAUCUGGUUUUAUCAAAUUUUUAACGGCACCCUCCUGUAACAAGACGAGAAGCAGGAAAUUUUUUUCGAUGAUUUUAUUAAUUUACAGCAAAACAUUCAACUUGAUGCGAUAACUUUCGUCUUUCAAUUUUGAACAUUAGGAGGAAAA